AGGUGGGUCUUUGAGAGAGCUGGAUGGAGCUGAGAGAGCAGAAGCAGUGGAAUAUAUGCGAGAGUGCUGAGAGGAUUUAACUGAGAAUGAGAGAGCGCGAGAGAGAGUGUGCGAGAGAAAGAGAGAGAGAGAAUGAGAGAGUAUAUGAGUGAAUGAGUCUGUUUGAGAGUGUGGGCUUUUUUUGGAUAAGCUUCUGGAUUCCGAAACUCGUGCAGACUGGGCGGACACCCUGGCGAGGAGCACCGGGCAUCAGUUCUCAUUUUUCUCCUGGGCAGAUCCUGCCCAAGAUGUCCUCAUGUAGACACAACACCCAUCCGCGAGACCCUGCCCUCGUGACGGACCCUGCUCAGUAAAGAGGCUCCACGGUUGGAUUUGUUUAUUUCCUGUUCUUUACUUCCCGUUCAGACUUCGCCCCUCCCUUUAUUUCUCGUUUCCCAGCCCUCUGCCAGCAUGACAGACCUCUACACAUUCCUGCUCAUCUACUCACUGGUAGGCAUGUCUCUGAACCUUCCUGAGAACUCUAACCCAUUCUCUGGCCAACAGGCCCCACCCCCUGAUCCCUGCUACGAGGACACAGGCUCCGCCCGCCGCUGUAUCCCAGAAUUUGUGAACGCCGCAUUCGGACAGGAAGUGGUUGCGUCGAGCGUGUGCGGAAGCCCUACUUCGCGCCACUGUGGUGUCAUCGAGCGCGAACAGCGUCCCCCGGUGCGCUCCUGUAGCACCUGCGACGCCUCAGAUCCUCGGCUUGCCCACCCCGCCUCCUACCUCACUGACCUUAACUCUGCACACAACCUGACCUGCUGGGUGUCAGAAAACUUGCAGGGGGCACCACUGAACGUGACUCUUACACUUUCGCUGGGCAAGAAAUUUGAGAUCACGUACGUCAGCCUCCAGUUCUGUUCUCCACGGCCAGAUUCCAUGGCCAUCUACAAGAGCAUGGACUACGGCCGCAGCUGGACGCCCUUUCAGUUUUACUCCUCCCAGUGCAGACGGGUUUACAACCGGCCCAACAGAGCCGUGAUCACCAAACAAAACGAACAGGAGCCACUGUGCACAGACAGCCACACCGACCCGUCGCCACAGAGCAGUGCAAUUAUCGCUUUCAGCACGUUGGACGGACGUCCGUCAGGAAAAGACUUCGACUCCAGCCCGGUUCUGCAGGACUGGGUGACCGUCACAGACAUCCGGGUGGUGUUAAGCCGUCCACAAACGCCCAGAGAACUGCCCGGCAGAGAGGGACACGACCCUUUCGGUACACCUGGGGUGAUGUCAUCAUACUACUAUGCUGUGUCUGACUUCCAGGUGGGGGGCAGGUGCAAGUGUAAUGGCCACGCCUCCCGGUGCAUAAGAGAAAAAGACGGGAAGACUGUGUGCGACUGCAAACACAACACAGAGGGUCCGGAGUGCGACCGUUGUAAACCCUUCCACUACGACCGGCCCUGGCAGCGCGCCAACGCCCGCGAAGCCAAUGAGUGCAUGCCCUGUAGGUGUAACUUGCACGCCCGGCGCUGCAGGUUUAAUAUGGAGUUGUUUAAGCUCUCUGGACGGAGGAGUGGAGGAGUUUGUAUGAACUGCAGACACAACACUGCCGGCCGACACUGCCACUACUGUAAAGAGGGAUACUACAGAGACAUGAGCCGACCAAUCACACACCGGAAAGCGUGCAAAGCGUGUGACUGCCACCCGGUGGGCGCUGCAGGAAAGACGUGUAAUCAGACGACGGGUCAGUGCCCGUGUAAAGACGGCGUGACCGGGAUCACCUGCAACCGCUGCGCUAAGGGCUACCAGCAGAGCCGCUCACCUGUAGCUCCCUGCAUCAAGAUUCCUGUGAUUAACCCCACAGCAGUGAUCAGCAGCACUGAGGGACCUGCAGACUGUGAGUCCUACUGUAAACCACCUAAAGGAAACCUGAAGAUCAACAUGAAGAAAUACUGCAAGAAAGACUACGCUGUGCUGGUGAGCGUGCUGGACAUGGAGACGGUUGGGGACUGGGCAAAGUUUGCGGUGAGCCUGGUGUCGGUGUAUAAGAGCAGGGAGCCGCUGAAGAGAGGCGAGAACCUGCUGUGGGUCCACAUGAAGGACCUGGCCUGCAAGUGUCCUCGGAUACACAUGGGCAAGCGCUUCCUCAUACUGGGCUCCACAGAGGGCGGGGCCAGCCCGGAGGGGGCGGGGCUGGUGGCCGAUAAAAACAGUCUGGUCAUCCAGUGGCGGGACAUCUGGACACGGCGCCUCCGCAAGUUCCAGCGCAAGGAGAAGAAGGGCAAGUGCAGCAACGCGUGAUCUGACGCGACGGCGCACGCCCCCGCUGCGUGACCCUACUGACCUUACUGACCUCAUAUGGGGGGGUCACAUGUGGACUGUUGGUCAGCCUUGUGAAGGGACCAUAAAAAAAGGACAAUAAAGACUGGUGCAGAAACCACUAGUAACAGAUACACACACUUACAUUACACCUACACACACACACACAAAAGUGAGACAUGAACCACUACCCAUCUCCAGUCUGGAGGGCAGUAACGAGGUCUGUUUUUAAUCCUGAGAGGAAUCUUCAGUUCUGUGUUAAAGAAUCAAUGGUUGUAAUGAGUUCUGAUCUAAACACAAACAAUAAACACCUGGUUCUGUCUGAGGCAGAAAUGUAAAUGAUUACAGGUGUGGUCUAAAUAGACACUGGGUCUUACCACAAGAGGGUGUAAAAGAGCUUCCACUGCUGCCCUAUAAUAAGUCUCUCUGAUGCUCAGAGGUGGGUAGUGUACCUCUUGGUGAGAGAUCACUGUCAGACAGGCCUCUAUGACGCACUCAGACAUAACAGGACUCAGAGCUCAUAACAGGACAUUCAUUAAAAACAAUCUGUUAUCCAUCCUCUGUUCCCUUCGUCUGCAGUAAUGUGUAAAUUAAAAACUGGGCCACUGCUCAGAGACUGUGUUGUCUUUAGACACAAAACCAGGUUCUGUUUGGGAUCUGAUGAUGGUCAGGUUUGCGUUUGGAGUCUCAUGUUAAAGCUUCAAUCCUGCCUUUGACCUGGACUGAGGAGUUCACACUGUAAACUGCAGGUGUGAUUGAUGAUCUGAGGAUCAUCUCAUACAGUGAGAGUCAGUCACUCCUAGUAGUGAUAGGAGGAACAGUGAUCUCAGUGAUCUGUGCAGAACAUCCUGCAGAUCCAUGUGUUGCUGCCUCUCACACCGAACUUCCAACUGAUAGCAGCAUUUUCCACAGGGUACUAUAGCUUCCUUUCUGUUGCAGUAGAGUUUUCACCAAUAAACUUAUUCUUUCACUCUAA